AUGGAAGAAAUCGGGAUUAUAUUACCAGAGAAGGAUGACCAAGUCACCGACACCAAAGGUGCAUUCCCUGGACCACAAUCGUUCGAUGAGUUGGAGUCUGAAGAUUUAUAUACAAAAUACAAGAAACUCCAACGUAUGCUAGAGUUUCUCGAAGUGCAAGAAGAAUACAUUAAGGAUGAACAGAGAAAUCUCAAAAAGGAGUACCUACAUGCCCAGGAAGAAGUUAAGAGGAUACAAUCAGUGCCUCUUGUCAUUGGUCAAUUUCUUGAAGCGGUUGAUCAAAACACUGGAAUAGUGGGCAGCACCACAGGCUCAAACUACUAUGUCCGCAUCCUGUCUACCAUAGACCGGGAGUUAUUGAAGCCAUCUGCAUCAGUAGCUCUGCAUAAACACUCCAAUGCCCUUGUUGACGUCCUGCCUCCAGAAGCUGAUAGCUCCAUUUCAAUGUUACAAGCUGAUGAGAAACCAGACGUCCAAUAUUCUGAUAUUGGUGGAAUGGACACACAAAAGCAAGAAAUUCGAGAGGCAGUUGAGUUGCCAUUGACUCAUGUUGAGCUGUACAGACAAAUCGGUAUUGAGCCUCCCCGAGGUGUGUUGAUGUAUGGGCCCCCUGGGUGUGGAAAAACCAUGUUGGCUAAGGCUGUUGCUCAUCAUACAACAGCUGCUUUUAUCCGCGUGGUGGGAUCCGAGUUUGUACAGAAAUACCUUGGGGAAGGUCCCCGCAUGGUGCGAGACGUCUUCCGUCUUGCCAAAGAGAACAGUCCCGCUAUCAUAUUCAUUGAUGAGAUAGAUGCUAUUGCUACUAAGAGAUUUGAUGCACAAACCGGCGCUGAUAGGGAAGUACAGAGAAUCCUGUUAGAGUUACUGAAUCAGAUGGAUGGAUUUGAUCAGACUACUAAUGUCAAAGUUAUUAUGGCUACAAACCGUGCUGAUACACUUGAUCCUGCUUUGUUAAGACCCGGACGUCUUGACAGGAAAAUUGAGUUCCCACUCCCAGACAGACGUCAAAAGCGUUUGAUCUUCUCAACGAUCACAGCUAAAAUGAAUCUCUCUGAAGAGGUUGACUUGGAGGAGUUCGUAGCUCGGCCCGAUCGCGUUUCUGGAGCUGACAUCAACGCUAUUUGCCAGGAGGCAGGAAUGCAUGCCGUCAGGGAAAACAGAUACAUUGUUCUGCCAAAAGAUUUCGAAAAAGGCUACAAGAACAACAUCAAAAAGGAUGAGAGCGAAUAUGAGUUCUACAAAUAG